AUGGCCAACUUGCUCACCAUCAAUGCCGCCGCUGGCACAUGCGAGGAACCACUCGACUUUGAUACCUUAUUCCGAGAGCAGUUUGCACCCUUGCUUCAAAAGUUCAAAUAUCGGCUAUCGCAAUUCGAGCAAUCCAUUAGCAGCAAAAGACUACAGAAUUACAGUCGCACCAAAUUGAAGCGUGCCUAUGAGCUACUCGAGAAACUAGACGAGGAAUGGCAUCAUCGUUGGGAAACAGCAUGUUCAUUAGCAGCCGACGAUAAAAAGAGCAUGCAGCAGGCAUUGAUAGCUUUGGAACAAUCGUUGACCGACAAAUAUCGAGAACUCGAAGCAAUGCUUCUAUCAGCUGCUGAAGACAAUCAUUACACGCUUGAUGAUACCAUUGAUGCUGUCAUGUCCAAGAUUGAAGAAAUCGAUAGCAGAAUUUCGGAUGCCAUUGAAAGAGCAGCUGAAAUGGGCACCAAGAUGCAUGAAAAAAUCAACAAGGCCGGUGAACAUGUCAAGGUUGCUAUGGCCAAGGGAGCUCGUCAGUUGUUGCACUAUGAGGAAUUGCCUGUACAAUGGCGUAACAACAAAUACAUCCACACGGGGUAUCGCUUCCUAUCAACUCCGGCCCAGUGUUGCCAUUCACUUCUCUAUUUGCACAACGAAACAGGCAACAUUUACACCCAUCUCAUUGGCUUUGUUGUCUUCUUCUGCAUUGGCAUCUAUGAACUCUUCUAUUCAACCUUAUUGACCGAAGCCCACGUGAUCGAUCGUGUCAUUUUCGCCGUCUUCUUUGUCGCUGCUUGCAAAUGUCUCAUGUGCUCCACUGUAUGGCACACUCUUUCCGGCAUCAAUGAUUAUGCAACAUUCAAACGUGUAGCAUGCCUUGAUUACGUUGGCAUUUCAGUACUCAUUUGUGCAAGCGUUGUUUUGACUGAAUACUAUGGCUUUUAUUGUCAAGAUCAAUGGCGUAAUACCUACAUGGUUGGCACUGGUACGCUAGCAGUUGCAGGCAUCUUUAUUCCCUUUAUGGAGUGGUUUGAUCGUGUUGAAAUGCGGUGGCUGCGAAUUACGUUCUUUAUUGCCAUGGCGGCUUCUGGAAUUGUACCACUGGGCCACUUGUACAUCAACUAUGGCGCACGGACAUUAUUCGAUUGGCUAUCGCCCGUGACCAAAUCAUUGAGCUGUUAUAUCCUAGGCGUCGUUGUAUAUGGCAACCAAUGGCCGGAGGCUUUUUGGCCUGGUAAAUUUGAUCACAUUGGUCAUUCACAUCAAUUGUGGCAUCUUUUUGUGUGUGGCGGUAUCUGGUUCCAUUAUGUUGCCGCCAUCAGCUUUUACGGUCAGCGGCAUGAUUUUGGAGAGUGUCCAGCAGCUGCCCCUGGAGCUCUAUCAUAA